CAUCUUCCAUUAAGUAAAAGCUGUGUACAGUUUUAAGAAAAACCUUGGGUUAAAACAUGGAUAAGGAUUGUAACGCCAAAGUUCAGAUGCCGGACCUUUCUGAAGUAGAAUACAUAGGGGAAAUAAAGGAAGUUCCCGGAUGGGAAAUGGGGAUUAAAAUCACAAUAUGUGUAAGCAUAGAAUUAGUGGCAAUCGUUGGAAACCUCCUCAUGAUCAUCAUCAUUGUGCAGUCUCCAAAAAUGCGGAAUGUCACGAAUUACUACAUCCUGAAUUUGGCCAUUUCUGACAUGUUGGUAGGACUUUUCGCCAUUUGGAUUCACCUUGUGGACGAUUUGACUCAGGGAUGGGUUCUUGGAAGUUUUCUCUGCAAGUUCAAUCCAUUCCUGCAAAUCACAGCUAUGUGUGCUAGUGUGUUCACGCUAGUUGCAAUUGCAGGAGACAGGUUCUUUGCCAUAGUAUUCCCGUUAAAAUCACGUGCGACACAGAGAAAAGUGAGCGUGAUCAUCAUUGUCAUAUGGUUGGCUGCCAUAGCAAUUGCACUUCCGGUUCUUUUCUUUUAUGCUUACAUGGAAAGGCCGUGGAAAAAUUUCGUUGAAAAAUACUGCACAGAGGUCUGGCCCCAGGUUUUACAGAGUGAUGGAACUUGUGAUCAAGGAAAGAGUUCACGGAAAGCUUACUGGAUUUGUUUGCUGGUGGUCUUAAACUGGGUUCCCAUGCUUUUGAUGAUGAUUGCUUAUACCGUAAUAUUCAUAAAAUUAAGAAAAACUCGAAGAGUUUCUAAAACCGGGAGACUUUCCAUGUCCGUCGUCCAACAAAGAUCGAAGAAAAAGGUUGUUAAGAUGCUGUUUGCUAUUCUGGUUGUUUUUAUCUUCUGUGUGGGUCCAUUUCAAGUCACAAAGCUUUUCGAGUUCUUUAGAGAUGAUACCUCAGAAAGCCUACCAGACUGGUACAAUCCUUUCUACUUUGCGGCCGUAACAUUACUUUAUACGAACAGCGCACUAAACCCUGUUUUGUAUGGAGGACUAAACGACAAUUUCAGAAACGGACUCAAAGGCCUCAUUAAUAACAUUUUUCGACGGAAACGGAUUUUGACAAAUUCAAAUGGCGUCAUGAGAAAUUCAGUGAUUUCCACUAUUCCCGAUAACAGGCGUGAAUCCGAAAUCAAUAUCCUUAGUGAUCUGCACAAUGAACCAAAACGCAACGGCAAGAAAAACAUAAGUUAUGAGAAUCCAGUAUACGAGGAAAGAUCGUCUUCGGAUUGAAAUAAUCAAAAGAGUUUUUAUCUGUUCAAUAAAGAGAAACAGAGACACUU